CUUCCCUCCUCCCCCCUUGCCCCCCCCCCCCCACACUUUCGUUCUACUCCUCUUCGUUUUCAUCUCGCUUCGGCGGCAGCGGGGCCGCCCGCGUCCCUAUGCCCGCCCCCGCGCAGAAGCUGCAGCAGCGAUGCGCUGGGGAGCGCCGGCAGCCAAAGCACAGCAGCCCGGCACAGCGGCACCCGCGUAGAUGACGGUGCCCAGGCGUGAGCCCCUGUCCCAGCGCAGCACUGCCGCCAUGCCCCAACGGGACGAGGGCAAGAAGCCGCCCGUGGAGACGGCGCCGGAGCAGCGCUGGAAGCUGCAGGUCUUCUACCUGUGCUUCUAUGGCUUCAUGACGCAGAUCCGGCCUGGGGAGAGCUUCAUCACGCCCUACUUGCUGGGACCCGACAAGAACUUCACGAGGGUGGAGGUGACUAACGAGAUCAUGCCGGUGCUGACGUACUCCUACAUGGCGGUGCUGGUGCCCAUCUUCCUGCUGACCGACUACCUGCGCUACAAGCCGGUGCUGGUGCUGCAGAGCCUGAGCCACAUCUCCAUCUGGCUUCUGCUGGUGCUGGGCACCUCCGUUUUGGCCAUGCAGCUGAUGGAGUUUUUCUACGGUGUCACCAUGGCCGCACGCAUCGCCUACUCCUCCUACAUCUUCUCCCUCGUCGCCCCGUCCCGCUACCAGCGCAUGGCCAGCUACUCCCGCUCCUCUGUCCUCCUGGGCGUCUUCACCAGCUCGGUGCUGGGGCAGCUCUGCAUCACGCUCGGCAGCAUUUCCUUCCUCACCCUCAACUACGUCUCGUUGGGCUUCGUCACCUUCGGCCUGCUCCUCACCCUCUUCCUGGAGCGGCCCAAGCGCAGCCUCUUCUUCAACAGGGCUGAGGCGGCCUGCAAUGGUGCUGCACCCACUGAGCUGGAUAAGAUGGCCGGUGGGGACAAGAUGGACAGUGGGGACAAGGCAGACGGCAGGAAGGAAAAGAUGGGGGGCUGGCGCCAAGCCACGCUGUGCCGCAUGCUGCGGGAGGUGUGCACGUUGGCCAAGCAGUCCCGGCUCCAGCUCUGGUCCUUCUGGUGGAUCUUCAACUCAGCCGGCUACUACCUGGUGCUGUACUACGUGCAGAUCCUUUGGAACGACAUCUACCCAGCCAGGGAAAACCGGCGGGUGUACAACGGUGGGGUGGACGCCGCCUCCACGCUGCUGGGAGCCAUCGCCUCCUUCGCAGCCGGGUACUUGAAGAUCCGCUGGGCGCUGUGGUCAGCGCUGGUGAUUGGGGUGGUGACAGCCAUACAGGCGGGGCUGCUGCUACUCAUGAACACCACUGGAAACAUCUGGGUCUGCUACACAGCCUAUGUCCUCUUCCGUGGCUCCUACCAGUUUCUGGUUCCCAUCGCCAUCUUCCAGAUAGCUACCUCCUUAUCCAAAGAGCUCUGCGCCCUCGUCUUCGGGGUCAACACAUUCUUCGGCACCGUGCUGAAGACCGUCAUCACCAUCAUUGUGGCUGACAAGAGGGGCUUGGGCCUCUCUGUGCACCCCCAGUUCUACGUCUACUUUGGCUACUUUUCACUGCUGGCACUGGUCUACCUGCUGAUGGCCGUGGUGAUGGUCGUCCGGCACAGCCGCCGAGCGCAGCCACCAGAGCUGAUCCCCACUGAGGGCCAAGUGCAGGAGAAGAGCCCAGAGGCAGCUACCGUGCAAGCCUGAGUGCCAGUACCCAGUGAGACAGGAUGGCAGGAUGGACUGGCUCCUUUGGCACGGCUCAGUGGCUCAAACAAUGAGUGUCACCGCCAGCAUAUGCUCCCACCUCCCAUCUUUCUGACAGUGCUGAGCUUUCUGCCCCAGCCACCCCGUGACCAGCAAGAUGCUGGCAGUACACGGCUAGCACCCAGCCCCCAGGGUCGUCUUCCACCCCCUGCUUGGGGCCCAAACAUACCCAGCGGAGGUAGGAUGCCCAUUGCAGCACCAAAGGGUACCACACAAGGGGUACCCCUGUUGUUCCUGCAGAGCUGUGCGGAGCCAGGCUACAAGAGGAUAACGUUUCUUUAUUCAGUGCCUUUAGAAAAUGGUUUAUGGGACACAACAGACAAAAAAUAUAAAGAUCCACAGGCUUUAAAUUGCAUUAAUUACACAAAAUACAGUAGACUGUAAGAAAUAGAGGCCGUGUGACUCGCACAGCUUUUAUGGUAAUAAUUUCCAUAAAAUAAUAAAAAGCUAGUUACAGAUUUA